AGCGAGGUUAUUUAAAAAUGGCGGACGCGUCGUCUUCCGACACUACCUCAGACUGUUGCAUUGAGUGUUCCUCUGACAUUACGUCGGAAAAAUCGGAGUACGUUGUAGUGGGACGCAAGCCAUACCCGUCACAUCGCCGCAGCAAGCGAAAUUUUCUGCAAAAACUGCUGAUACGGGAGAUGAGAGGAUGUUUGUCGGCGCACAAUUACGCAUCAGAGGAAAGACUGUUUAUAACGGUGCCUAGGUGGCGGCAUUUGCCUCUCUUACAUGUAAUCCCGAAGUCGGCACUUGAGGCAGGGCACGUUGUUAUGGGAUUGACACAGUGUGGUCAGUUUCUGCUCACAUAUACGUACACAGUGGAUCUCAGCAGUCCAGCAGUCCAGCAGUACAGCAAUACGUACACGACCUUGUACAAGUAUUUGUUGCACUGGUGGGCCUUUACGCCAAACCAUGUCGCUCGCAAAGUUGCCGAGGUUUCAUUGUUUGGCAACUACACAAUUUAUAGAGAAUUAAGCAUAGUUAUAUCGCAAUGGCCAAUGGAGCGGAAUAAGCUUGUAAUACACGGCCUUUGUUCAAAUUCUUUAAAUUUGCAACUGACUGAUAGAGCGUAUUUAACGAUAACGACGGUACCGUCUCUUGAAAAUUGCAAAGACUGCUUAAAGAUCGCCGCAUCGUAUGAGGAAGAUGGUGAAGAAUUAGCCGCAAAUUGGGACGGUUGCAUACGAUGCAACUGCUUGCAACACGGACUCACGGUUCACACGACAUACGAGGUCACUUCACCAUACCCGAAAUUUCGAGCCACCGUGUGUUUAAAUUACUGGAAUCACGUGGUGAUUAAUACAGGCAACUUUCUGCACAUUCUCAGAGUGGACUUGAAUAUACCGAAGUCGAAGAAUCAGAGGACAUGUGACAAGCAGGAUACUUCUGCACACGAUCCCAUGGUACCGGAAACGAUUCCGCUGGACAUGAGCGACGCCGAGGAGACGGAUUAUUCGACGAGGACGGAGCGAUACGAGAGUUCGGACGAGAAAGUGGACACGUCGGAGUGCGUUGAUCGAUCUCCCAAAUGUGAAUCCAGCCUAGAACAAGACUUUCUAGACGAGCCAAUUAAAUUAGACGAUAAGUUAGGACGCGAUUUACCGUUAAAUACCUCAAGCAGUAAUCAAAGCGACUGUGUCUGUGAUAUACGUGAUAAGUCUGCCGCUGCUGAUCCUUUAACCGUAAAGUUAUGCGAAUGCUCGGACGAAUGCAAGUGCCGGAACGGCAGCGGCGGCAGUCCCGUUGCGCGGCCGAGCGUCAUCGAACAGAUGGCGAUCUCGGUCCGCGACAAGAUCCUGCAGGAUUUUUGCGAGGACACGUCGCAGGAGCUCAACAUCGGCAGCGAUCUGAUCACGCUGGUGAAACAUCCGUCGUGCUCGCCGCGCUCGGCGCCACAGAGAUUACCCUCCGAUCUCAGGACGAUGACCACGUGGUCGUCGCAGAUACUCAUCCCGCCGUCGGACAUUCUGCGCACUCGCAAUUCAGAAUCUAGUCACAGAAUCCAGGUCCAACGUAGCAGUAGUAGUACUAGCAUUAGUGGUAGCAGCCAGCAACGUUCGAGCUCGCCGCAACCCGGCGCUUCACAGCAGGACACCAACUCCAUAAAUUCGUCACUGCAGUCCACCGUCUCUAUCAGUUCAUCGUCCUCGUGCUCGUCUCAUUUGAUGUCGCCGCCCUUAGCCAAAUACUUCCGCCUUCCGAGCCCGCGCAAGAGAUCGAACCUGCACUCACCUCCGCCCGUUGUCAACGCAACCCAGUCGACGAGGACGACAAGAGCAACGCACAAGCUCAUCGAGGCGGAAAAGGCGUACGAGUUCACCGACGAAGUGCAGGAGACGACCUGCGAGAAGCUCAGCUCGUUUAGGAAACGUCGUCUGGCCGACAAGAAGUAUGAGUUCUGCGACGAAGCGGAGGACGCGGAGAACAUAGUUCCUUUCAGGCAUAUACGCGAUCAGUUCAGACACCGCGGUGCCUGCUCUAUACACCAAAUACCCUCCUCGCCGGCAAUGUCGCCUGUCCUGCCGAACGGUCGGCGGCACUGGGUCGACUCGGAUCAGAGCGAAUCGGAUGAAUUGAAUCUUGCUCAAGACAUUAGCAUAGCCAACGACUUAUCGAAUCCAGAAACAACUGAGAAAAAUGUGCUUCGACCAUUGAAUCAGAAUCAACUGUCUAACGGAAGUAUGCACAGAGAUCGCGUCGGCAAAUGUUGCCCGAAUUUCUCGCCGUUAGUUCCGAGAAAUAAUUUGCAGUAUCCUUUGAUAAAGUGCACCGCACGUUUCAAACGCAGUUACAUAGAGCUCGAUGACGAGAUGAUAUCAGUGAUUACAGAUGUGGAAGACGAAGAGACGGGAGGAUAUGUGGGUUAUCAAUGUGUACUUCCAAUGCUUGUGCACGGUUCUGGAUACGUUCAAAUGCAAAUGAUCAACAAUAGUAAAGCAGAAAAAUUGAUAGUGCCAUGCGUUUCCAUAACUCAGUUGAGUUUUGAUAUUGAGACUUUCUCUCACCACGUAGCGGAUUGGAUCUGCGCGAGAUUCAAGAAAAAGUAUUGGCACUGCAGUGACUACGAUAUAGAAAUAAUCGACGUAUGUGCGCUUACCGGCGACAUUAUAUGUUUGCACAUAAUGAAGAUUCAAGCAAGCGAGUUAUAUAGCCAAACGCAAUGCCCGCAAGAGAGAAAACAAUAUGAGGUCGGAUGCAAAUUCACGUGGAAUAUUGACACGAGCCAGUAUAGAAUAACAGACGUACUGCCGAUGGAAGAAGUCAAGCCAGAUUCCUGGAAACAGGCUCUUAUUAACAUACCGAAUUUUUCCACCCAAUUAUGGAAUCCGACGCGUCGUUUGGCCACGCAGCUGCGAGAAAAGAGUCAGCAACCGUACGCGCACACUGUGCGUUUCCUUCACAACGAGCUGAGCUUAGCAGGUCAGUAUUUCGCGACUCAUUUAUUUUCAAAGGCAAACGCAUACAUAAUAUUAAUUGCAGGCGAGACUAUAACCAAGCUCACCGAUUUGGACAAUCUGGUGCAGUUUUAUAUGACGCCAAUACCGAAUGACGCCUUAAUAGAAUGAAGAAAACGCAUUAACCAUUGCAAACUUCAUUGCAAACAAUAAUUUAUUUAUUAAUACAAACACCAUCGUUUUUAUCGAUUCGCCAAAUCGCGGCAUUGUAAUGUAUAGAAAUGUAUUCCACAUUGCUUACAAGUGAGAAGGAGAGUAUUCGAGCAUAAAUAAUGAAUACGAGAAGAGGUAUUAUAAGCCAUAUAGGAUUCUAACUACACCUCUUCCGAUGAUGUCGAGCAUAACUGUUGAGUGCGAUGUGACUUGUUCAUAAUUUAGAAACAUAGACUAAAGGUACUAAUUAAUGAUACAACGAAGCUCUCACAAGCAUUAUACUCCAAUUUGUAAAAUUUAUCAGUGCUGUAUAUUAUAUAUUGACUAUCUACGCUAUCAUGGUAACUAUUGUACUUUGGUAACUAGUAGAUAUAGACGACUAAACUGAUUGUCAAUAAAUAUAUGAUAUAAUGUUUCCAACUGAGCGCGAGAGAAGGGAAUGGCGAUAACAGGUUCGAUACUUGGUCCCCAAAAUUAAUAUAUUGAUGAUCUAAAUAUCUAAAAAAAAAAAAAA